AUGACGUCCGGGUACGUUGGAGAACUCUCACUCUUUCAUGUGAGCGACAGACCGACUACUUUACUCGGGACACAGAAUAUAGACGUCAUUCCUGAGCUAGCAAUAGGAAAUAACUAUCCAGGGACUACCUACUGCGUGCAAUCAUGCGGUGGACCGGGAUGCGACUGCUUCUAUUGGAGCUCAAGCUGCCUUUUCUACCGCGUCUAUGCAGUUCCUACAUCAAACAAUAUUUUUGAGUUAUUCCAUUGUGCACGAUGGAAACAAUCAGCAAAUAUUGAAGUGACGUUCGUCGAUCACGUACGUAACGAAAAAAGGACAUGGGGCACCCAGCUUACACCGAAUGUACCGGUGACCUGCAAUGCACUCACUUUUACCCUGGGUUCCAUUACGGUUCCACCCACUCUCUCUUGA